CCCAUUUUGCACAAUUUUGCAUAUUUUGAACAAACAGCAUCACGUAGUUUCCGUAGAUUUGUGUGUUUCCCAUUUGUUGUGAUCGGUUGUGCAGUCAAAAUCGCAAUGAAUAUUCACUAGAGUAUCAACUGUAGGUUCAGUAUUGUUCAGUACUUCAUAACCAGUCUGAUCUUUUUCUCAAGUCGCAGGUUCUUCAGCAAGAAUCACUGGAUGUUAAAGCAGAAAAUGAAGUUCCCAUCUGUGAUAUUGCUGGUUUUCAUGCUUAGCAACUUCUUCAACUCAGACGCCAAGUUUGCUGGUCACAUCAGGUGGUGUACCCUGAACACCUUUGAAGAGCAAAAAUGCACAGACUUCAACCAAACAUUGAUAAAGGACAGCUACAAGUUUGGUUUCAAUGCAUUUUCGGUGGAGUGUGUACAGGGUUUUGACAGCAGCGAAUGUAUGCGGAUGGUCGACCAAGACCAGGCUGACAUGGUGGUGCUCGACCCGGGCCUGACUUUCAUCGCCGGCCGGUUCCACAGUCUGGUGCCCAUUAUGCAGGAGCUCUACUACGGUGACGUGCGCGAGUAUUACGCCGUGGCCGUAGUGAAGCGUGACUCGGACAUCCAGAGGCUGGCCGACAUCCGCGGCAAGAAGGCCUGCUUCUCCGGCGUCGGAAACCUGGCCGGCUGGGUGAUGCCGAUUGCAAAGCUGAUGUCCAAAGGUGAGAUGAGCAUUGCGGACUGCAACAACCACGUCAAGUCAGUGUCGGAGUUUUUCGGCGACAGCUGUGCCGUGGGCGCUCUUACCACGCAGUACAACCCGCUAGGUGACAACUCCAACCAGCUGUGCGCGCUGUGCGGCGCAGAGGAGCCCGGCGAAAAGUGCACCGACGCCGACCCAUACGCCGGCAUGGAGGGCGCAUUCCGCUGUCUCGUGGAGGCCGGUGACAUCGCCUUCGUGAAGCACUCGACUCCGAGCGAGGUGAUCGCGGCCAACGCCAGAAAGGGAGUCGGCGUGCGCGUGGCGGGAGAGGACGCCAUCACUAGCACCGCCAUACCGCCCGACAUGGACGAAAACGAGUUUGAGCUCGUCUGCCUCGACGGCGGCCGGCGGCCCCUGGCCGAUUACCAGAUGUGCAACUGGGGACGUAUUCCCAGCCACGCGGUGCUCACCACCUCAGCCAAGCCGCAUGACCUCAGGAUCAAGUAUCAGCGCUUCCUGAAGGAGGCGGUGAACCUCUACGGCUCGCCCUCUCCCGUCGAGCCGGACGAAUACGGUGAUUAUCGGUUCGCGCUGUUCGAGUCGUACCGGUACGGCGUACGACCCAACCUGCUCUUCCAGGACUCUACCGUGUCUCUGUACCCGAUCAAGCACGACGACCAGCUCUACUUGCGCUACCUGGGCGACGCGUACAAGGACAUCAUGGAAGUGCGCUCGUGCCCGGUGGGCGCGCUUCGUCUCUGCGUCACCUCCUAUGCCGAGCAGAUCAAGUGUAACCAGAUGAGGCAAGCGCUGCGCGCGCAGCUGCUCAAACCGGAGCUGACCUGCUUCCGCGGCCACAGCGCCAUCGACUGCAUGAGGCAGAUCAACGGCGGUCUGGCCGAUAUGGUGAUGCUGGACGCCGGAGACGUCUACACUGCCGGCCACCAGUUCAGCCAGAUCCCCAUCAUGAACGAGGUCUACGACGAGGACAAGUCCUCCUUCUUCGUGGUGGCCGUGUCGAAGGAAACGGACCUCGACACGGACCUGCUCUACCUGCGCAACAAGAAGACGUGCCACACAGGCGUGAUGGAGGGCGCCGGCUGGGUGGUGCCCAUGGCCUACCUCAUCUCCAACGAGAGGAUGCGCGGCUACGGCUGCGACUCGCUGCAGGCCGCCGCCCAGACGUUCACCAAGGCGUGCGCGCCGGGAGCUCUCAGCAGUGACUACAACUUUGGCUACAACUGGUACAACCUCUGUCAGCUGUGCCACGGCUCGAGCGGCGACUACUGCGCCAGGGACGCCUCUGAGGGAUACUACGGACACACAGGCGCGUUCCGCUGUCUGGUGGAGGGCGGCGGUGACGUGGCGUUCGUGAAGCACACCACCGUCCAGGAAAACUGUGACGGCAAGCGGCAGGAGUUCUGGGCGCGCAACCAGCUGACUGCCGACUAUCAGCUGCUCUGCCGAGACGGCACCCGUGCUCAGAUCCGCGACUACGAGGACUGCAACGUCGGUGAGGUGCGCACCAACGCGCUGGUGACUCGUGGUGGAGAAAACAAGAACGAGACGGAGAUCAACACCAUUCUGAACCUGUUCCUGCACGCCCAGCAGCACUUUGGACAGAAGUUUGGCGACGAAUUCAGUUUCAAGAUGUUCCACUCUCCGGAGCCCACGGCCGACCUCAUCUUCUCGGACGCCGCCCAGCAGCUGCGGCCCGUGCCGGAGGAGGAGCGCAGCCACACAGCGUACCUCGGUAACGGGUUCCUGGAGGCGCGCGCGCUGGUCGACUGUAAGGCCGCGGCGCCGGCGCUCAUUGUCUCACUGCCAGCCCUGGCCGCGCUGGCCGUCUUCGCUCUCCUGGUCUGAGUCAUCACCGAGCCUGCCAGGCAGGGUAUGACGUCAUUAGCCGUGUGUGUAUCUGACGGGUGACGUCAGUGAGGCUCAGCGCGCGGUAUGUGUGUCGCGUCAUCAAUAUUGCCUUUGUAACGAGUGAUGCCGUCCUACGUCCGUCCAGUUGGGUCAGGGCGGCGAGAAAUGGGCGCCAGACUUUGUCCACGCUUCUGAGCCGUGGCUCCGCGCUGCCAAUGGUCGAGAUCCAACGAAUCUCAGCGCGGUCGUGAUGCGGGGUCCUGUCGCACAAGGGCCGCCGCCGCUCAGAGCUGUGUGGUCGGUCCCUCGGCAGCUCCAGCUGAGGACGUCGAAUCUCAGCGUGAUACGAGAGUCCGUUCGCCAAGCGCUUCAGCUUGUUUGUUAGUUUGAUUUGUGUAGCUCAGUUUACCUAAAAUGAAUCUCGUAUGCGUUGUGUUGCGAUCCGUCCCGAGUUGCACGUUGUGUUCAUGCACGUAGUUAAGUCACGCAUUAUACGGUUGUGUACUGCUUUUAUAGAUUUGCGGAACGUAUACAUUCCUUUUGUUAUUCCAUUCGGAUAGAAACGUAUGUACGUACGUAUCGAAAGUUUUUACAUGCAAGUUUUCUUCUUGUGCAUUCCAUAGUUGCUUUUACUCUAUACAUUAGUUUUCGUUCCAUCGUUAUAUUAAGUAGCGCAUGUUUUCAUCCAUUUGUGGAUCCUGCUGAUAAUCAUGAAGAUGCUGAGAUUGAUCGAAUUCGUACCGCAUGCCAAUACUACAUGUAUCCGUAUUCCCUAAGAGGAGUCUAUCGCGAUGUUAUAUACACUUUGUACCGUUUCA